CGUCAGGAUAAUGGCCGAAUUUACUUUGUCAACCAUAACACUCGGACGACGCAGUGGGACGACCCGCGGACUCAAGGGAUGAUCAAGGAGCACCCCCUGCCCCCGGGCUGGGAGAUGAAGUACACCGCCGAGGGAGUCCGAUAUUUUGUGGACCACAACUCGCGCACCACCACCUUUAAAGAUCCCCGACCCGGGUUUGAGUCAGGAUCUCGGCAGGGCGGUUCACCCGGCGCCUACGACCGCAGCUUCAGGUGGAAAUACCAUCAGUUCCGGUUCCUGUGCCAUUCCAAUGCUCUGCCGAGCCACGUGAAGAUCUCCGUCUCCAGACAGACGCUGUUUGAAGACUCGUUUCAGCAGAUCAUGAAUGUGAAACCAUACGACCUUCGCCGUCGACUCUACAUCAUCAUGAGAGGAGAGGAGGGGCUGGACUACGGCGGCAUCGCCAGGGAGUGGUUCUUCCUGCUGUCCCACGAGGUCCUGAACCCCAUGUACUGUCUGUUCGAAUACGCCGGCAAGAACAACUACUGUCUGCAGAUCAACCCGGCGUCCUCCAUCAACCCCGACCACCUCACCUACUUCCGCUUCAUCGGGCGCUUCAUCGCCAUGGCUUUGUACCACGGAAAGUUCAUCGACACCGGCUUCACGCUGCCGUUCUAUAAACGAAUGUUGGAUAAGAAACCAACUCUCAAAGACCUGGAGUCCAUCGACCCUGAGUUCUAUAACUCCAUCAUGUGGGUGAAAGAAAACAACCUGGAGGAGUGCGGUGUGGAGCUGUACUUCGCUCAGGACAUGGAGAUCCUCGGGAAAGUUUCCACUCACCAGCUGAAGGACGACGGAGAGAACGAGCUGGUCACGGAGGAAAACAAGGAGGAGUAUAUCAGCCUGCUGACAGACUGGAGGUUCACCCGCGGCGUGGAGGAGCAGACCAAAGCUUUCCUGGACGGCUUCAACGAGGUGGUUCCUCUCGAGUGGCUCCGCUACUUCGACGAGAAGGAGCUCGAGCUGAUGCUUUGUGGGAUGCAGGAGAUCGAUUUGUCCGACUGGCAGAGGAACACCAUCUACAGACAUUACACCAAGAACAGCAAGCAGAUCCACUGGUUCUGGCAGGUGGUGAAGGACAUGGACAACGAGAAGAGAAUCCGUCUGCUUCAGUUCGUGACAGGAACCUGUCGGCUGCCUGUCGGAGGCUUCGCUGAGCUCAUAGGAAGUAACGGUCCCCAGAAGUUCUGCAUAGACAAGGUGGGGAAGGAGACUUGGCUUCCAAGAAGCCACACAUGCUUCAACCGUCUGGACCUGCCUCCGUACAGGAGCCUGGAGCAGCUGCGGGAGAAACUCCUGUUCGCCAUCGAGGAGACGGAGGGGUUCGGACAGGAGUGACGCAGGAAACUCACACGAGACGACUGAGAAGGAGCCGUCCAGUCAAUGGGAGGAUUUUUGUUCUUAUAAUUUUGCAUUUGUUUAUCUGAGAAAUCACUUGACAUCUGUCGCCCCCUGGGGGAGAAUCAUGGGAUGAAGACGGAGCUGAUGAUGGGGAACGUGGAGGAAAAGUGUGUGUGUGUGUGUGUGUGUGUGUG